GUUUGAAAAUAAAUUGCAAAAUAGAGACUUCAUAAAAAUCAUUCAAAUUUCACGGACACCCAAAUCAAAGAUAGUUCAGACUUUUAUAUGCGAAUGAACAAAAUUUUGUUAAUGGAAAAGUGGUUUUGAGAACUAUCUUGGAAAUCUUUGUCUAACACGCCCUAAUUCUCUAAAUUAUUAGCCUUCAAUUUCUUAAUUGCAUGUUGUAACAUUUCAGUUUUUGUGAUCAUAAUAAUCGGUAUUCGAAUCAUUGGGUUGAAGGGGAAAAUUUGUUGAUUUUCUAGAGUUGAAAUCGAGCGUUCACAUUGUGUUCUGAGUUUCAACUGUAUUGCAUCCACCAAGUGUUCGGUGAUUGUUCCGUGAGAAGCCAAGAGCAGAAGGAGGAGUUCAUUGGAGAGUGGGACAUGGCGAACAGUAAAUACGAGUACGUGAAGUCAUUCGAAGUGGAAGACGAAGUCAUGCCACCCAACCUGAUCGUUGUUCGAAUCGACGGCCGCGGUUUUCGCAGAUUUUCUGAAGUUCAUGAGUUUGAGAAACCGAAUGAUGAGAGAGCUUUGAAUUUGAUGAACUCAUGUGCAGCUGCUAUGUUAGAGGAAUAUCCAGACAUAGUAUUCUCAUAUGGAUUCAGUGAUGAGUACAGUUUUGUUUUCAAGAAGACAACCAAGUUCUACCAGAGGCGUGCCAGCAAAAUAGUAUCCCUUGUUGUCUCUUUCUUCACCUCCAUAUAUACCACAAAAUGGAAAGAAUUCUUCCCUCAUAAGGAGUUAAGGUAUCCCCCAUCAUUUCGUGCAUGGGUCAUAUGCUGUGCAUCAAUGGAAGUUCUUCAAACGUAUCUUGCAUGGAGACAAAAUGAUUGUCACAUCAAUAACCAGUAUAAUACAUGUUUCUGGAUGUUGGUUAAAUGUGGAAAGACUGAAGAGGAAGCACAAGAAGUCUUAAAGGGGACUCAUAAACAAGAAAAAAAUGAGCUGCUUUUUCAACAGUUCGGGAUCAACUACAAAAAUCUUCCUUCCAUGUUUCGUCAGGGGUCUUGUGUUUGCAAGACACAGGUUGAAGCUAUUGUGAAGUACAGUGAAAAUGGGACACCUGUUAAAAGAUUGCGGAGAAAGCCAAUCAUAGUUCAUUCAGAUAACAUAGCUGCAAGAAGCUUCUGGAAUGAGCACCCUUUUCUCCUCAAGGAGCUGGGUGAUUUCAGAGAGGACAUUAACAACAUUAAACCUGAGUAUGUUAAGUCCUUCCAAUUUGAAAACAAGUUGAUGCCACUUACUUGGAUUGUGGUUAGAAUCGAUGGCUGCCAUUUUCAUAGAUUUUCUGAAGUUCAUGAAUUUGAGAAGCCGAAUGAUGAGCAAGCUCUGAACCUUAUGAAUUCAUGUGCAGUGGCUGUGUUAGAGCAGUUUAAAGAUGUCAUCUUCUCAUAUGGGGUCAGUGAUGAAUACAGCUUUGUUCUGAAAAAGGAUUCUCAGUUCUAUCAAAGGCGUGGCAGCGAAAUAGUUACUGCUCUUGUAUCGUACUUCACUUCCAUUUAUGUAAUGAAAUGGAAAGAAUUCUUCCCACAGAAAGAGUUGAAGUACCCGCCUUGUUUUGAUGGACGGGCUGUAUUGUAUCCAACAUCUGAGAUUCUCCGAGAUUAUUUGACAUGGAGACAAGUUGAUUGCCACAUUAACAAUCAAUAUAAUACCUGUUUCUGGAUGCUUGUUAAGUCUGGAAAGAGCAAAAGUGAAGCUCAAGCCUAUUUAAAGGGUACUCAAGCACGAGAGAAAAAUGAAGUUCUUCUCCAGCAAUUUGGUAUUGACUACAACACGUUGCCACUCAUGUUCCGUCAAGGAUCCUCUGCCUUCUGGAACGAGGAAGAGAAGACUGGGAUGUAUGAGAACGGAGCUUCAGCUGAAAAAUCUGGGAAGAAAGUUGUUGUGGAACAAUGUAAUAUAAUUGAGCAAAGUUUCUGGGAAGCGCACCCAAGCAUCCUCAAUGAGAAGCCCCACAUGGUUUAAAGCAUUUCUGGUUGUCAAAACCUCAUUUUGAUUAACUCCUCAACUUGAAGGUCCACCUGAGGAAACAGAGUCCGGUGGAUGGAGAAUGAAUUCUGAUGCCAGAGAAGAAAAUCAAUAAAUUGAUUAUGUUGCUUUACCCUUUUGGAACUUUCUGAAGAAGGCUUUUUUACUAGCAUGUUUACUUCCACUGUUGAGAAUGUAUUCAGAGCUCUAAUUGCCUGAUCCAGAACCAAUGGGGAAUGUACUCUGUUGUCUCUCAGAAUCAACCUGAAACAAGCUUCUGGACAUUGCCCAAAGGCCUACUUUUGUUCUGUGAAACAAUCUGAAAUCGUCUACCAUUAUUUGAAAUCUUGGAAAACAUUCGCUUCCA